AUGGCCUCCAAAGUGGGACACAAUUUGGAGUCGCCGGAAACCCCGGGUGGCGGAGGCUGGACCAGACCUGAGUUCCCUCCUCCUGCACCAAAGGGAGUCGCCGUCGCCUGGUCUUUUAACCGCCUUAGUUCCAGAAAGCUGACUCUGACCUGGAUUACAUUCAAUACAGGCUGGAAUAUGAAAUCAAGACUAAUCAUCCUGAUUCAGCAGGCGAGUUGUUACCACUGACCGAAGAAGAGAAAACUGCGGAACAACAAUUAAAAUCUCACUUGUCAGACCUAUGAAGACAUGGACUUGCAAAGGGGAACUCUGAUAGAGAAGAGAUCAAUUCCAGAGAGAUUUAAGACGAUGUCUUGUUAGCACUUGGUGACCAGAGGUGGGGUAUGGUGAAGGAGAAGAUUUGGCUUGGGUGACUAGAAAAUGAUGCCUUUCACAAGAAAAGGAAAUAUGAGAAGGGCAGAUACUAAUAAAUUUCAGUCAAAAGGAUGGAAUGGGAACAAAGGGAUGUAAACAAUGUAUGUAUGCACACAUGCUUAGUUUUGCAGUUUCAGGCAGGAAGGUUUAAACACUAUUUUGCAUCUGUUUUUGUAUAAUCAGGGUAACACCAAUAUUCUGGCCUAUCAUAAAAGAAUGUUUAUGUACUAUCAGUCAAAAGUGAAUAAGCAUGCUUUAAAAGAUAGAAAAAAUAUUUGUAUUAUGUUAUACAUUAUGUAUAUUAUAGAAUUUUCUAGUUUUAAAAUUUUGAUUGAAGAUGUGGUCACAUUAUUAGUGAGACUGCUAUGUGACCUAAUCCCUCAUAAAACCUAACUUUUGCAAUAAUCUGGUUUUUCUGUGAGAGCCUCACUUUUAUUUUUGUCCUGUUCCUUCUGUUUGCUGAUGUUGAGCAGCAUGAGUUCUUUUUUCAAAUGCUCUUUUAGGCUGUUCCUAUUGUAUUUCAACAUGACCUUUGUUCUCCUUCAGCCUAUGUUACUGUAAUUGUCCAUUUUAUGUGAAAGCUAAGAAAUGAAAUCAGAAGAGCACUGGUGACUGCUACUUGCCAGAUUUGUGUGUUUUUGUAUGUACUUCCUUAUUCAUUUAAGACUUUAUUUAUUUUUAGAGAGAGGGGAAGGGAAAUAUCAAUUGGUCACCUCUUACACAUGCCUCAACCGGGGACUGAACCCACAACCCAGGCAUGUACCCUGACCAGGAGUUGAACUGGCUACCCUUUGUGUUGCAGAACGAUGCCCAACUGCCACCAAUCAGGGCUCCUUAUUUAUUUUUAAAUAACUUGACAGUAAGGUAAUUGUCAAAAGUAGGGGCAGAUCUUGAUACAAAUGUUAAUCACAGGGUUAUUUGUAAUAGCAAUACACACAUCUGGCCAAUAGCAGGCAAAUAGGUAAGUAAAUAAGUGUAUCUAUGCAAUAAAAAGUCAGAGUUUUCUAUAAAUUAUUACUGUUAAUGUUCCAGGAAAUGCUGAAGGGGAGAGGGGAAGGAGAUACUGCAGUUUUGAAGACUGGGCUCUGACAUCAUAUCUGAGAUGUAAACAGCAGGUUUUAAAUUCCAGUUGUGUGUCCCUGAACAAAUCACUUAACUUUUAUGUGCCUGCAUGGUUGGAAGCACAAUGAGAUGGUGCUUAGCUUUGAAGGAUAAAUGAUCUUUCCAUAUAUGUAAUAAAGAUGAGGCAUUGAAAUAUACUAGGAAAAAUGAAUCAAAUGUUGGGUCUGCAGGUUACAGAUUUAUACUUUAAUAUAAAUUUAAAAAUUUCUGUUAUGAGAAUGUAUUUGUCCAUUGACCAACUUAAAAUAGCUGAGAAAACAGGGUUGGGAGAGUAGCUACAGUAAAAAUUGUCCUGUCUUGCUAAAUAUUUCAAGAACAGAAAGUGCCCCCCCCUUUUUUUUAAAUUACAGAAAAAUAAGUUACACCUUAGUAACAUACUAAUUUUAUUCAGUACUCAGGCAGUUGGUAUUAAGGGUAUUUCUGUACAUACAUAAUUUUUGGUGAAAGAAUUUUUCCAUCACAGCUUAAUCUUCCUAAAUUAUCUUUGUCUUUGGCUCAUGUAGUUUUUUCAAAAAAAAAUUGUUGUUGCCCACUACUUAAAGAAAGUCCAGAUGCUCCCUGACUGGUGUGCUCAGUGGGUUGGGCAUCAUCCAGAAAACCAGAAAAGUCCCUGGUUCAAAUUCUGAUCAGGGCACUUGCCUGGGUAUUGGGCCAGGUCCUUGAUUGGGGGUGUGCAAGAGGCAGCCUGUGGAUGUUUCACUCCCUCUCUCCAUUCCCUUCUCUCUGAAAAUGAAUGAAUAAAAUUUUUUUAAAGAAAGUCCAAAUGCUUUGGAAAUCAAGAAUUUUUAAGGUUAUUGUUGAGUCUCUACAUGUGCAUUCUAGGUUGGGCAAAGGGUAAUAACUGUUUGAAAACCAGAAAGAAAAAAAAUUAAAUUCAAAUUACUGUAUUUUGCCAUGUAUAAUGCGCUCCCCUUAUAUAACGUGCACUCGUGUUUUUG